CAGUAUACGAUUCUGGAGAUUCCUGCUUGCAUUACAGUGUGUUAUUAUCUCGACUCUUGAAAUCCGAUUUAGUAACAUCUAUUCCAGGAAAUAGACUGAUUUGAACGAUCACUAAAUUUGGAAUUUCCAACAUGCCCUCGUGCAUUAUAAAGGGAUGUACCCACACCUGGAAAAACAAAGAUAAAAAUAUCAUAAUGCAUGUGUUUCCAAAAGAUCCCAGAAUAGUCCGGAAAUGGCUUGAGCAGGCUCCUGACCAUUUUCCAAACGUGGACGAAUGGCUUGAAAAAAUCUUGGAAACACAAAAAAAAAAUGAUAAUUAUCGAUUGUGCUCAAAGCACUUUGACUAUUUUUCAUAUGAGGAAGGAGGAUUGUGUAAAAAAUUACGUCGUGAUGCUGUGCCCACCAUUUUCCCACCAAAAAUUAGCAGUACCCUGGAUUCAUCGGAUGCAACUACUGAGACGGAAAGUCAGACAACUUCGGAAUCAUUGGUUAGUUCAGAAUCACGCUCCGCUACUCCGUUAGAUGUUUCCGGAGAACUCGUUGGAGAAACUAAAAGUUCCGAUGGAACAUUGCCAACAAUAGCAGCUACCCCAUGUGUCAAAAGAAAACAAAAAAGAAGAAGGGUAUCAGAACGUCCAAACACACAAGUUGUGUCACAUCCGGUUGGUUCAAGUGGGAAUGUCGUUCUACACGGUGAAAUUAAUCUCCUGGGAAGCACGAUCCAACUUCACCUGCCAAUUACUGCAACUGUUACAGACACCAAUGUUUUACUUCCUAAUUAUAGCUUGCCAACCAUGGUUGAUCAGUCAACAAAUACAGACUUAUAUUGGUCUAAGGAUCAUAAGACAUUUGUCCUUGAUACGAGUUAUGUUUCAAAAGUCAAUAUUGGUAUCCAGACCAAAAAAAUAAGAUAUCGUCAACGAGGAACACAGUGUUGUCUAUUGAAGGACCGUGUAAAAAGUGCUAAAGGAUCUUUUUCUGGCAAAAAAAAUAAAAAAGGAAAAACCUGUGAAAAAACAUCACUCGCAAGUGGCAAAGGACAGCUGAACGAAGAUGAAAGUUCAGAUAAUGGCCAAAUAGACCUGUUAGAAGAAGAAAUUGAACCAUCCAAGCAUUCUGACUACGAUAAUAUACAAUUCAGUGAAGACAUUGAGAUGUCACAAAGUUUAUUUUAUUCAACACCAUUGAGCGCUGCCAAACUGUGCAGCAGAUUAGAAAUAAACGAACUUUCACCUUUGAAGAAAACCAACUUUAGAGAUUGUCAUACAAUUCAACUUACAAGUAUAAAUUUAUUGGAAGAAGAAAAUGAUGCUACAGAAGAAGAACCUGAUUUAUCGCCUGGGGUAAUUAUGGAAUCUGAUGAAGAGGAAGAUGAAGAUUUAUCUACAUUCCUAGAAGACUUUGAGGAUGAGAUAGAGCCUCUAGAUCAAGUAACAAUCGAUGGGAACCAAAUGGAUAUAAUUGGAGGUGAUAUCAAAGACCCUGUUAGUGAAUUUUUUUUUAUAGUUUUCGAAAGUUGCCUGGAUAGUCUGAUCAGUAUGAUUCCAUGCCAAUAUAGGAAGUCAUGUGGGAGUCGACUAACUCAUAAGAAGAUUAGACAGAUCGGAUCUGCGAUUAACUUGGAUGUGAAAUGUGUCCGGGGUCACAUUCAACUACUAUGGACCAGCCAGCCGAGAGUAAAUCGCAUUUCCGCUGGCAACCUACUCUUGUCUAGUGCAAUAGUGCUUAGUGGGAAUCACUUCCUCAAAAUAAAAAUGUUUUUUGAUAUAAUAAAUAUUUUUAUGAUAUCUCGUUCAACCCAUUACCGUUACCAGCCAAAAUACAUUUUUCCAAGCAUACACGAAGAAUGGCAACAAGAACGUGCAAAAAUUGUCUCUGCACUAGGAAGAUCACCUGUAUGCUUGGCGGGUGACGGUCAAUCUGACAGCCCUGGAUUUUCAGCUAAAUAUUGUAUAUAUACAAUGAUGGAGACUGACCAAGGAAAAAUAGUCGACUUUAGUGUUGUACAAAUAAUUCCUCCGGCAUCUUCAGUUAGCCUAGAAAAAAAUGCUUUUAAAGAAACAAUAGACCGAAUUAUAGAAAAAAAUAUAAAUGUUAGAAUAGUGGCAACCAAUCGCCAUGUUUCAAUACGGAAACUAAUAAAAGAUGAAUAUCCACGGAUAAUCCAUCAAUUUGAUGUUUGGCAUCUGGCAAAGUCAGUUGGCCAAAAAAUUCUAACUGCUUCAAAAACCCAAAAUUGUUCUGCUCUCUCACCGUGGAUAUCAUCCAUAAAAAAACAUCUAUGGUGGUGCGCUAGAAAUUGUGAUGGCAACCCUACAAAAUUAGUGAUAAGAUGGAAGUCCGUUCUAAAACAUGUUUUAAAUAUACACGAAUGGGAAACAGAAGAUGAAUACUCACGGUGCCAUCAUAACACAGAAAUACAAGAUAAAAAGUGGCUCCUUGAUCACUCUGCCGCAUAUGAAAAGCUGAAAAGUAUUGUUGAAAGUCAAAAACUUAUAAAGGACAUUGAACAUCUUUGUUUUUUUUGUCAUACAGGAGAUUUAGAGGUUUUCCACUCCUGCGUACUAAAGUACCGACCUAAACGGGUGCAUUUUUAUUUCGAUGCCAUGGUAGCUCGUACAACACUCGCUGUUUUGGAACACAAUACAAAUGUUGGCAGAGUACAGGCAGUUUUCCAAGAAAGGACUGAUGCAGAGGGUCAGGAACAAGCUAAAAAAUAUAGAUUUGAGUACAGUAAAGCACGCAAAGCCUGGGUGGUCAAGUUACUGUACGAACCACGGUCUCAAGAAUUUUUGAAGCCAAUAUUCAUUAGAAUUAUUGAACUUGCUGAGGGAAAAUUUGAAUCCACAUGGGAAUCUGCCUUGCCCAGUUUACCCCGAAACAUAGCACCAGUUGAAAGGCCACCUAAAGAAGAUCUGGUGCGAAGACAUCUCUUUAGAAAAUAA